AUGGGACUUGGGGUGUUGGAGGAUACCGAGCUUGCGCAGGUUCCGGGCACCUCCGACAUCUACGAAGAUCGCGAUCAAAGCGAUCAGACCCCCGGCUCCUCGAGUCUCAAAUAUGACUCGUCUAGUAGAGAGCCGACCAUUCUGGUGCCGCAACCGAGUGAUGAUCCAAACGACCCAUUGAACUGGCCGCUAUGGCGACGGGAUCUCAUUCUCGCAAUCCUGUCAUUUGUGACGGUGCUCUGCACGACGCUGAGCUCCAUUCUGGCUGCGAACACGUAUACUAUUGCCGACUAUGAGGAAAUUACAUUCACAGAUGCCGCGCUGCUGACUGGCUACCAUCUCUGCGGCGUGGGUGUCGCAGGCAUUUUAAUCGUGCCCACGGCCCGAGUCUGGGGAAAACGCCAUUUGUUCCUGAUUGGGCACAUCUUGAUGAUUGUCAGCUGCAUCUGGGCCGGUGCCAGCGGGAAGAAUCACAGAAGCCUUUUGUGGUCUCGCAUCUUCCAAGGCGUAGCCUUGGCUCCUUUCGAAGCUCUGGUAAAUGCCUGCGUCGGCGAUUUAUACUUUGUCCAUGAGCGAGGGAAACGAAUGGCAGUCUCCAACGUCGCUCUAUUUGGGGCUGCUUUCUUGACGCCUGUGUUUGUCGGCAAGAUCACCAAAUCCCUUGGAUGGCAGUGGUCCUUCUACUUUUUGGCUAUCUUCCUCGGGGCUUCUCUACCACUCAUGUUCUUCUUCGUGCCCGAGACCGCAUUUCGACGUCCGGAAUACCUGAACACCGACUUCAAACGCAAAACUGGCCAAGGCGAAUCCACCGAGUCCCGGCUCCCUCUCGGUGACAUGUCCAAUGAAGAAGCCAAAGUGUUCUCGGGCGAAAUGAAUGGUACCUCUCGGACGGAAGUCUCUGCAACAAGAGUCCCCGAGAAGGACUCAUUCUGGAAAUCCCUGAGGCCGUUUAAUGGACGGAAGACGGAUGAGAACUUCUUCAAGCUACUUCUCCGACCAUUUCCCUUGUUUUUCCACCCAGGCAUCCUCUGGGCUUGCCUGAUCCAAGGUGUCCUCAUUGGCUGGGCCGUCUUCAUCGGUGUCAUCCUGGCUAUUGUUUUUCUCGGCCCGCCCGUGUGGUUUGAAGAGGACCAAACAGGGUAUCUAUACACGGGCGCCUUCAUUGGGUCCAUCAUCGGUCUCAUCCUGUCGGGUCUUCUCACCGAUUCGAUGACCAAGGUGAUGAUUCGUCUGAACCAUGGCCGCUACGAGCCCGAGUUCCGCAUUUUGUUAGUCGUCUUCCAGCUGGUCUUCAGUGGAAUUGGAUUAUAUGGGUUUGGCUGGACGGCAAGCAAUGUGAUGCGGUACAAAUGGCUCAUCCCGGACGUGUUCUUCGCGUUUAUCAUCAUUGGCAUGGUGAUGGGCGCCGUCGCCGCCUCGCUCUACAUUGUUGAUGCACAUCGCGAGAUUGCGGUCGAGGCAUUUACUUGUCUUCUGGUGUUCAAAAACAUGUUCAGCUUCGUCCUGACCUUUUACGCCUAUGAGUGGUUCAGCCAUGGCGGCGUGAAACGGACGAUGAUCAUCGUUGGUAGCAUCCAAGUGGGCAUCUGCCUUUUGAGCAUCCCCAUGUAUAUCUUCGGCAAACGAAAUCGGUCGUUUUUUGCACGUCAUGACAUCUUCGAGAUGCUCCAUCUAUGGUGA